AUGAUUGGACUUCUACUACUAAGUACUACAGCUUUUGGGUAUUUCUUAAAUGUGUUCGACACAAAGAUAGCAAGGACGAAAUACGGUGAUGAGUUCAGAAUUAAAGGAAUCACGUUUAAUAACAACUGUCGACUUAAUGUAUCUGUUGGAGAAACGGACCAUGAGCUGGGGGACUAUUACGAAGUUGGAGACAUAGGGUUUAAUACGGUCAGGUUUUUGCUGAGUUAUCGAUUCUUCGAAGAUGACAACGCACCUUAUCAAUACAAAGAAAGUGUAUGGAAAUGGAUAACUAACGAGAUAGAAGCUGCGAAGAGAUACGGAAUUAGUUUGAUACUUGAGAUGGAAGUCCCACAAGGAGGAAUUAGUGAUGCAAAAGAGUAUCUUUUGCUCGACCAAAGUAAAAUAGACCGAUUCUAUAAGCUUUGGGUCGAAAUUGCAAGACGAUUUAAAAAGUCGAAGACCGUCAUAGGCUUUGGACUGUUAAAUAAACCCAUUGGCGUGUGGAGAGGAAGUGCAGAGGCGUCUAUUCUGCAUUAUAAAAAUUUCUUUGAAAAGGCGAUUGAAUUGAUUCGAGAGGUGGACACAAACCAUAUCAUAUUCUUCCAAAGUCCUAAUGUGUUUUACACUCAAAACUUUGUCAAAAUGCGUUCGGAGUUGGAUAAGGAGACGGGCAAUUUCGUCUUGUUAAGUGAUGAGAAAGUGAUCUACGAGACUAACUUCUAUGAACCACUUUCUUUCACUCAACAGAACUCGAAAAGUGAAACUGAAGACUUUACUGGAAGGUAUGUGACAUACCCCGACUAUUCAACACUCUUUGCAAUAGGUGGACCAAACCCAAACAAUAAUAUUGACAAUCAAAUUACACAAAUGAAUACACAGCCAGAGGUGGGUGUAUGGAAUAAAGUAGGCGCUCAUUUUAAUUUGUUAUGUAGUGGGAGAUGUCCCGAGUCCAUAUUGAGUUUAGUGAUACAUGUUGAUUCUAUUGGAGAGAACGGCUAUGUGGUAUUCAAGUUGCUCAAGAUAAAAGAGUUCUCAACAUCGGAAGAGAUACAUGGAAUACACAGACUUGAGUUGAGUGAUAAAAAUGUCACAUUUGAGACGACCAAUGGGGGAAAUUACACUUUUAUCCAGAACUGUGAUGACAAAGGAAAUGUCUGCUUGAAGAUCUAUGGCGUCAAAGGCAAGGCAAAGUGCUCGGGUGCUGCUCUAUUGUUAGGAAGUACAACACGAUUGUAUGACUUUGAGAUUGAAGUGUAUGUCCAGACAGAUGAAAAGGUCUAUGAAGUGUAUCCCAUCGUGCAACAAAUCAAAUACGACAAAGCAUUUUACUUUGACCGAUGGUCUUUGUUCAGGUACCUUGAUCAAGCCCACAAAUUUAAAACACGAAGAUCAGUCCCCAUGGAGAGGUGGAGACGUGUGGGUGGUGGAUGCUUUUGA